UUUUUUUUUGUUUUUUUCUUGCAGGUGACAAUGCGGGAUCACACGUCUGGUGCUAAUGUGGAGGAGCUGCUGAGGCAGUCGCAGAUGGAGUUGCAGUGGAUCCAGAGACAGCUGGCCAUGAUCGCUGCCAGAAACGUACACCAUCAUCACCUGCACACCAAGGGCAAGUCAAGGUAUGAGGUUCCAUCUCAGCAACCGACAGGCCUCUCAGCGUACAAUGUGAACCGCUUUCGACUCCUGGAGGAGAGAAACCGAUCUCUGAAGCUUGAAGUAGCCACGCUUCGCCAAGAAAAACAGCACUAUAGGAAAUUGAGAGCAAAGCUCCAUGCUGCCCUGCAGGAGAAAAACCGCUUGAACCUCGAGCUGAUCAACCACCAGCUGAAGGCAUCUAAAUAUGAGCAGGUGCGAUCAGAUUAUGAUCAGCUGAGACUAACCCUUGCUGUAGUGAGCCAGGAGAGGAGCCAGCUCCAGGGACAAGUGGAGAGCCUGGAACAGCUCUUAAAGCAUAUGCAUGAGGCUGUCGAGCUGAAGCAGCAGCUGCAGAUAGAGCAUGAGCAAGCCUUGGUGGCCCUUCAUACCAAGCAGAAGGAGAUCAAUCAACUACAAAAGGCUCGGGUGCAAGCUGACCAAGAGCAUGAGGAAGCAGUGCAGUUGUUAGAGGUCAAGGUUUGUGACCUGGAGCAGAGAUGCAGGUCACAGAGUGAACACUUCCGCCAGCUGUCCAAAGAGCUGCUGAAUUUCCGUUUGCAGUCAGAUACUGUAGACAUCCGUAAAUUCAAUCCCAACUCCACGCUCCAAUUCCCAAUUUCACCAGAAAAGAAACUCUCACAGGCCGUCGUUGGAUUUGAAGCCCGACCAGAAUCAGGCAAUGAGAACACGGCACACACGCCGCUGCUGAUCUCCCAGUUCUUUCCCUGCUUGCCGGAGACUGGACACCGGCAACAACCACAGUUGCUGUGCGUCAAAUCUUAUACUGUGACAACAGGCCGUCCCAGCAGCCCUCGACCGCUGACCUCAUCAGAGGUGGGUCAGAUUGACACCACAGCACGAAAUAUGGAGGAUGAGGCCGCCCCAUCACCCAGGUCCAAGCCUCGCUAUACAGGCCAGGUCCGUCUUUGCACUGCCCGCUACAGUUAUAACCCUUACGAUGGACCAAACGAGCAUCCUGAAGCAGAACUCCCGCUUGUUGCUGGGAAGUAUCUGUACGUUUAUGGAAACAUGGAUGAUGAUGGCUUCUAUGAAGGGGAGCUGCUGGAUGGCCAGCGGGGACUUGUUCCCUCCAACUUUGUGGAAUUUGUCCAGGACAAGGAGAAACCAGCGAUUCAGUCAGGGGAGGGAGGAGACAACAUGGGCCCACUGGACCACACACCCUUAGCCUUGAUGGCGAUAGAUGGAGGGGCCUCCCAGGAUGGCCAUCUCGGCUCAGCAAAUGCCUUGGUUCCCUGUAGCAAUGGGACAGGGGGGCCCAUGGAUCCUGAUGACCUGGCUGAAGAUGCUGUGCCUUAUCCCCGAAAGAUCAACUUAAUCAAGCAACUGGCACGAAGUGUUAUUGUGGCCUGGGAGCCUCCGAUAGUGCCUUUGGGCUGGGGGAACAUCUCUGGCUACAACGUGUUAGUAGACGGUGAACUCCGCGCCAGUAUACAGUACGGCGGCCGGUCCAAGUGUUUGCUGGAGAAGCUGGACCUGGACGGCUGCGUUCACCGCGUCUCCGUGCAGUGUGCCACCGACCGGGGCCUGUCAGACGAACUGCGGUGCACUCUGCUGGUGGGGGCCAAUGUGGUUGUGGCGCCAUGUGGUCUGCGGGUGGACGACAUCCAGCGUGACACUGCUGAGCUCUCCUGGUUGCCUAGCAACAGCAAUUACGGUCACACUGUGUUCCUGGAUGGAGUAGAGCAUGCGGUAGUAAAGCCGGGGAGGUAUAGACUACGCUUUCAUAACCUGACGCCCCUGACGGUGUACAAAGUGACGGUGGUGGCGCAGCCACACCAGGUGCCAUGGCAACUGCCGCUGGAACAGAGAGAGAGGAAAGAAGCCGGUGUGGAGUUCUGCACUCAAGCUGCAGGUCCAACACCAUAUUGCAGAACAGGCCCUCCCCUGCCUCCCCUUGACGUGCGGGUGCUCUGUGGGCAGGCUCCGGGGGUCCUACAGGUCUGCUGGAAGCCUCCAAUCCUCUCUCCCACUGGCACUUCUAAUGGAGCUAAUGUCAUUGGUUAUGCAGUAUGCACUAAAGGACAGAGGAUAGCUGAGGUGUUGUACCCAAUGGCAGACUAUGUUACCGUUGAGCUAACAAGGAUUCAGUGCCUGGAAGCCAGAGAGGUCAUUGUCAGGACGCUGUCAGUACAGGGAGAAUCCCAGGACUCCCAAGUCGCUUUUAUUCCAAACAACCUGCUUGUGCCUCUACCUCCGAUUCCCCUGCCCCCACCGCCAAUGCACCCGCACACAGGCCCCCCUCCACACCCCCAUGUGCAACCCCAACUCCAAUCCCCUCACCUUCCCCAUGCCAUGCCCCAACUUCCUGCUCCACCCCAGGUACACGGACAACCACUCCCACAGCAUCCUCUGCACCCACAGCAUCCUCCACACCCACAGCAGCCCCCACACCCACAGCAGCACCCACACCCACAGCAGCCCCCACACCCACAGCAGCCCCCGCACCCACAGCAGCCCCCGCACCCACAGCAGCCCCCACACCCACAGCAUCCUCCGCACCCACAACAGCCCCCACACCCACAACAGCCCCCACACCCACAGCAUCCUCCGCACCCACAGCAUCCUCCGCACCCACAGCAGCCUCCACACCCACAGCAUCCCCCACACCCUCAACCCCACCCCAGACCACCCCAUCCAGGUGGACCUCCGCAACCCCAGCUUCGACCUCCACAUCCCCAGCCGCUACAUCUCCAGCCUCGUCCACCCCACCAAGGCCCCAGGCCCCAGCAUCAACUGCCUCUGCUGCCCCACCCCCAACCCCACCCUGUACCUCAGAGACCAGUAAGUGCCAGAGACCUGGAUGCCAAAGAGCAUGCGGCCCACCACGGAGGAGGCCUUCCACCUGGCCAGCCCGGUUGGGACCCCAAACGCUCGCCCUCCUCCCAGCCUCCCGUGCCCAUGCAAGGCCACACCCUUGAGGCCCCUCCAUCCGACAAUCCACGUUCGCCCUCCCCCCAGAGGAUUCUCCCGCAGCCCAGAGGCACACUGAUCCCAGACACCGUGGCCAAAGCUAUCGCCCGAGAAGCAGCGCAGAGGGUCGCGGCGGAAAGUGGCAAGGGGGACAGGAGACAGGGCAGAUAUGGAGAGCAGGGUCAUUCAUUUUACCAGCACCACUCUGAUGAGGAAGAGGAAGACGAGGAAGGGUUUGCACGCGGCCGCCGGAGAGGACCCUCAGUCGACGAGUUCCUCAGAGGCUCCGAGCUGGGGAGGCCGCCUAACUAUAGUCACAAUGAAGACUAUCACAGCGAGAGCAGCCGGGGCUCAGACCUGUCUGACAUCAUGGAAGAGGAUGAGGAGGAGCUGUACUCUGAGAUGCAGCUGGAAGAGGGACGUCGACGCAACUCGCACAACACAGCCAAGACAAACACUCCCGGUGGAGGAGGUCAUAACCGCGAGACAGGUAGAAGAAUUCAUCACGGUGGUCCCCAACCCCAGAGACGAUCUCUAAUGGUCCCGUCUAUUGAGGUAACUUCUGAGAAUAACAGUGAGGGAAACCUCUCCCCCAUCAACGAGGAUGUUUACUAUGGCAAAGUAGCUCGGCACAGGACACGGUCGUCUCGCAGGCACAUGGGUGGCUUCAGGUCUCCCCAUGACGGAUACAGAGAUCGGGAUCGCCGCUCCCCCACGUACUACGAUGAGUCAGAGACUGACGAGUCCUUUAGGAUCUUUGUGGCCCUCUUUGACUACGACCCCCUGUCCAUGUCUCCAAAUCCAGAUGCCGCUGAUGAGGAGUUGCCCUUCAAAGAGGGGCAGAUCAUUAGGGUGUAUGGUGACAAAGACACAGAUGGGUUUUACAGAGGAGAAGUGAGGGGCCGGAUGGGGCUCAUCCCCUGUAACAUGGUGUCAGAGAUUCGAGCGGAGGACGAGGAGACCAUGGACCAGCUCAUCAAGCAGGGCUUCCUGCCUCUCAGCACACCCGUGGACAGAAUAGAGCAUAACAAAAGGGGCCUCCGUCGAGAUCAGGCCUCGAGGAGGAUGGUGGCUCUGUACGACUACGACCCUCGGGAGAGUUCUCCUAAUGUUGAUGUUGAGGCCGAGCUCACCUUCUGCGCCGGUGACAUCAUGGCUGUGUUUGGUGAUAUCGACGAGGACGGCUUCUAUUAUGGUGAGAUCAAUGGCCACCGUGGCCUGGUUCCCUCUAACUUCCUGGAAGAAGUGCCUGAUGAUGUGGAGGUGUAUCUGACCGAUAAGCCGUCCCACUACCCCCAGGAGGAGCCCGGCAACCGGCCCCCUGCCAACUCUGCCGCCGCCGUCUCGGAGGGCAAACGGGUCGCCACGGAAACGUCGGACGAGGCCGACCACAACGCCACCCCCGUCCGCGCCCCGUCCCCGAUUGUUCGCCCCCUUCUGCCGGGCACCAUGAGGCCCCUCAGCCCCACCAGGGGCCCCCACAUCCCGCUGGACCCCCGCGACCCUCACAACCUGGCGAACAAGAAGAAGAAAGGACUCCUCUCCAAGGGGAAGAAGCUGCUGAAGAGGCUUUCCCCCGUGAAAUAAGCAACAAAACAAAAAAAGCAUAUACUGUAUAUGUACAAUAUGUGCACAUGCCAGGCUCUGUAUAUUGCAUCCAUACAAUCAACUCUGAGAGGACGUGAGCGCCGUCUCAUGGACUAUAUUUGAGCCUAUUUAAGUAUAACCAGUGACUUAAUUAUUCAUGUUUCACUAGAGGAAUACGAAUCAACAAAAAUAUGUACAGUGCAGUGCCAAAAUCAAGAGAAGGAACGAGAAUAUAUAUAUUACUGUGAUGUAUUUUAAAUCAACAGAAGAAAAAAAAGAGAAAAAAAACCCAACUAGGAUUUUCAUGACAUGUAUUUAUUUUCCUUUAUCAUUAGUCAAAGAAACCUUUUAUUUACAUUUAUUUCAAGCAGGGUAGCUGUGAAAACAAAGCAUCUGGUUACAUCUAAUGUUUCCAACAGGCUUUUCUCAGCCAGGAUAGAAUUUGAAAAAUCUAUUUUUUUUUUUUCCUGGAGUGUAUGG